CCGAGCGGGCGCCGGGCCUGAGGCGGCGGGGUCGGCACCAUCUGCGGGGCCCGGCCCGGCCCGGCCCGGCCCGCCAGCAAGACACCAUGUUCUCCCUCAAGCCGCCCAAACCCACCUUCAAAUCGUACCUUCUUCCUCAGGCUGAAGACAACAUAGCGUCAGAACCGAGGAUUAAAAAGCUGGAACCGGUGCUUUUGCCAGGUGAAAUUGUGGUAAAUGAAGUGAAUUUUGUAAGGAAGUGCAUUGCAACAGACACGAGCCAGUAUGACCUGUGGGGCAAGCUGGUUUGCACCAACUUCAAGAUUUCCUUCCUUACAGAUGACCCGAUGCCACUGCAGAAGUUCCACUUUAAGAACCUCCUCCUGGGAGAACACGAUGUGCCGCUCACGUGCAUCGAGCAGAUUGUCACAGUGAAUGACACCAAGAGGAAGCAGAAGGUCCUGGGUCCCAACCAAAAACUUAAAUUCAAUCCAACUGAAUUAAUAAUUUAUUGCAAAGACUUCCGGAUUGUCAGAUUUCGUUUUGAUGAGGCAGGACCCGAAAGUGCAAAAAAGGUGUGCCUUGCAAUAGCUCAUUAUUCUCAGCCAACAGAUCUUCAGCUUCUCUUUGCAUUUGAGUAUGUUGGGGAAAUGUAUCAUAAUCUAGCAAAGGUGAAUGGCACAGACCCAGGAGGUGGUGGCAGUGGCAUCGGCAGCGCUCAGCAGACCCCUCUGUUUGAAACCUACUCUGACUGGGACAGAGAAAUCAAAAGGACAGGUGCAUCCGAGUGGAGAGUGUGCUCAGUCAACGAAGGGUACAUGAUCUCUACCUGCCUUCCAGAAUAUUUCGUGGUUCCAUCUUCCUUAGCAGAUCAGGACCUUAAGCUGUACUCCUACUCUUUUAUUGGGAGGCGAAUGCCAUUAUGGUCCUGGAAUCACCCUAACGGCAGUGCCCUCGUGAGAAUGGCCAACAUUAAAGAUGUAUUGCAGCAGCGAAGGAUUGACCAAAGGAUUUGUAAUGCAAUAACUCGGAGCCAUCCCCUGAGGAGUGAUGUUUACAAAUCCGACCUGGACAAGUGUCUGCCCAGCAUCCAGGAAAUCCAGGCUGCACACAUCAAACUCAAACAGCUCUGUGUCAAUGAGCCUUUUGAAGAAACCGAGGAGAAGUGGCUGUCCUCACUGGAAAACACUCGCUGGUUAGAGUACAUCAGAUCAUUCCUUAGGCAUUCUGCUGAGCUGGUCUAUAUGAUGGAGUGCAAGCACGUCUCUGUAGUUCUGCAAGAGGAGGAGGGACGGGACCUGAGCUGUCUUGCUGCUUCUCUCAUCCAAGUCAUGCUGGAUCCCUAUUUUCGAACAAUUGUUGGAUUUCAAAGCUUAAUACAGAAGGAAUGGGUCAUGGCAGGAUAUCAGUUUUUAGACAGGUUCAACCACUUAAAGAGAUCUGACAAAGAGUCGCCCUUGUUCCUGAUGUUUCUGGACUGCGUGUGGCAGCUGCUGGAGCAGUACCCAGCAGCCUUCGAGUUCUCCGAGGUGUACCUGACCCUGCUGCACGACAGCGCCCGCAUCUCGCUCUUCGGCACCUUCCUCUUCAACUGCCCCCACCAGCGCGUCAAGGAGAGCACUGAAUUCGCUAUAAGCAAGAACAUCCAGCUGGGUGGUGAGAAAGGCCUCAGGUUCCCCUGUGUUUGGGACUGGUCUCUGCAGUUCUCCCCCCGGGACCGCCUGCUGUUCCACAACCCCCUGUACGUGGGCAAGAGCGCGCCGUGUGUGACCAACGGGGCCAGGAAAUCCUUCAAACGCUCCAAGAAAAACUACAGCUCCACCCUGCGAGGUGCCCCCCCAGCACUAAAGAACGGGAUCAUCGGGGAGCAGGAGUUCCUUCCAAGGAGAAACUCUCUGAUCCUGAAACUGAAACCGGACCUUUUCCAGACAGCGGAGAGCCCGAGCCACAGCAGGGAGCAGUUCUUCAGGGACUGGUUUGCAAAGCCAGUGGACCUGCACGGCCUGAUCCUGCCCCACCUCUCUGCCACACAAAUCAAACUGUGGAAACUCUGCUACUUCCGCUGGGUUCCCGAGGCCCAGAUCAGCCACGGCGGCUCCAUCGCCGCCUUCCACAGGGUGUCUGUGCUGGUGGAUGAAGUGGACACGCUCAGCCGGAACCUGCGGCACUACAAAAGCAACUCCUCCUUGCGGGGCCCCUGCACGGAACUGGAUCACAGCAGGAUGUACUUCAGAGCCGGUGGUUUCAACGACACCUCGGGCGCCCCAGACUUUCUCUCCUCCUCAUUCCCCUUUUCUCCUGUCGGGAACCUUUGCAGACGGAGCAUUCUGGGAACACCGUUAAGCAAAUUUUUGAGUGGUGCCAAAAUCUGGCUGUCCACUGAGACGCUGGCAAACGAAGACUGAGGUGAUGUGGUGAUUUAAAGGUCUGAGGAGAAUACAGCAUAUCAUUUUGUCUUUUCUAAAUUAACACUGCUAAAUGCGGCAUUGAAAGCUGUAAUAAUUUUUAUAUACAAACCUUACGUAAGUUUUGCACAAAUAUUUAAAAGCAAGGCAAGUCAUGCUUCAAAUCGCACAAUUUUGUCUUCAGGAGUUCUCCUCUGCUGGGGCUUCUGGUCCCUAAUUCCUCCUGUCCUUUGGGGUUUGGCUCUUUACAUGCGAUGGAGGGCUUUGUUAGCUAA